AUGAAGGCUGCAGAGAGGGAGGCCCCUGACGUGCACUUCACUGUGGACAAACAGAACAUCUCCCUGUGGCCCCAAGAGCUUCCUCCCAAGUCAGCUCCGUCUCUGGCCAUGAGGCAAACUCCCACCAUCCGAGCUGCGUUAAUCUGCCUGUCACUGUUCCUGGUCGUCUCCAUCGUGCUUCAGGCCAUUCUCUAUCCCUGGCUUAUGGGCACAAUAUCAGAUGUAAAGACCAAUGCCCAGUUGCUGAAAGUUUGUGUGGACAACAUCAGCUCCCAGGGUUCUGAAAUUAAGAAGAAUAGCGGUGACGUGGAGGCAGCUGGCGUUCAGAUCAGGAUGGUGAAUGCCAGUCUGGGCCGUAUGCAUUCUCAGACCCUGACGUUGAAAACCAGUGUGGAGAAAGCCAACACACAGAUCCAGGUCUUAACAGAAAGUUGGGAAAAAGUGGAUGAUUUAAAUGCCCAAAUCCCAGAGUUAAAGAGAGAAAUAGAUAAAGCCAGUGCUUUCAAUGCAAAGGUCCGGGGACUCCAGAGCAGUUUGGAGAAUAUCAGCAAGUUGCUCAAACAACAAAGUGACAUUCUACAGAUGGUUUCUCAAGGCUGGAAGUACUUCAGGGGAAACUUCUAUUACUUUUCUCACAUCCAAAAGACCUGGUACAGCGCCCAGCAGUUCUGUGUGUCCAGGGAGUCACACCUAACCUCAGUAACCUCCGAGAGUGAGCAGGAGUUUCUGUAUAAGUCAGCAGGUGAAGUUUUCCACUGGAUUGGCCUGACCAAAGCAGGGAGUGAAGGGGACUGGUACUGGGUGGAUGACACUCCAUUCGACAAGGUCCAAAGUGUGAGGUUCUGGAUUCCAGGUGAGCCCAACAAUGUUGGGAACAAUGAACACUGCGUCAAUAUAAAGGUGUCCACGCUUCAGUCCUGGAAUGAUUCCCCCUGUGACAAUAAGUACCUUUUCAUCUGUAAGCGGCCCUACAUCCCAUCAGAACCAUGA